ACAAAGUGAGCACCACUGUGGAUGCUAACGCUAGCUCUCAUAUUUAACUAACUCUGGGAAAUAUAUGUAAAUAAAUGUAUAUAUAUACGAGUAUAUAGAUUGAUUCUUAACUCCUUUACUUUGCUACGGUUUGCAUUUAUUUAUGGGCUCAAACUUGGAUACACACAACACCAAUUAUAUGCGGAUCAAUCAUUCUACAAGUGAGGCAAUAUAAAGAAACAAUGUGUUAAGCGGUCUUGAUCUUGAUCGGCAACGUAACAAGCUGUGAUUUUGGGUGCGCUUGCUGUGUGCUCGGGCAAGGCAGCAUGGCUAGAAUAAUCAGCAGUGCACUUACGAGGAGAUAUCUCUCGUCUACAGCGGAGCGUGCAACGUCAAAGGGAUUUGCGAAGCCUUAUAAGGAUAUACCCGGACCGCGUGGACCAUUCGGGCUUGGUAUUCUGUAUCAGUAUUUACCGUUGGUUGGACGUUACUCAUGGCUGGAGUUGCAUAAAGCGGGACGCGAUAAAUACGAGCAAUAUGGACCGAUCGUGCGUGAGACCAUGAUACCAGGCGAGGAUAUUGUGUGGUUAUAUGAUCCGAACGAUAUUGCGACACUGCUGAAUGAGCGCGAUUAUCCACAGCGACGCAGUCAUUUGGCGCUGGAAAAGUAUCGUAAAGAUCGACCACACAUCUAUCGUUCGGCGGGCUUGCUACCAACCAACGGCGCAGAAUGGUGGCACCUACGCUCGGAGCUGCAAAAGGAGAUCAGCGCACCGAAGAGCGUGCGCAGCUUUCUUACCGACUUGGAUCUGGUCGCACAAGAGUUUCUCGAGCAUCUACCAUUGAAUGACAGCUUCGACAUACUACCAAAAUUGGCGCGCUUGAAUUUGGAACUCACCUGCCUGAUGACUUUCGAUGAACGUCUAAAUGCCUUCUCACCCGAAGAACAGCUACCUAACUCACGCUCCACCAAGCUCAUGCGCGCUGCGGAAACAACGAAUAGCAGCAUUUUACCCACCGAUCAAGGUUUGCAGUUAUGGCGUCACUUCGAGACGCCCAAAUAUCGUAGAUUACGCAAAGCGCAAGAAUAUAUGGAGAGCGUUGCUAUCGAUUUGGUGUCUCAAAAGCUGGCGUACUUCAAGGAGAGUAAAACAAACGACGACGGCAAUAACAAUGAUGGCACCAUGUCGCGCAGCUCGUUGAUUGAAGAAUACCUCAAGAAUCCCAAUCUCGAUCUCUGUGAUGUAGUCGGCAUGGCAGCGGAUUUACUGUUAGCAGGUAUCGAUACCACCUCAUAUACUAUGGCAUUUGCGGUAUAUCACAUUGCCAGGAAUGCUGAAGUGCAGACGAAGUUGAAGGAGGAAGCCUGUCGUGUGUUGGCCACGCCAAAGACACCCCUUUCAGCGGAUGCCUUGCGCGCCGAUGUGCCAUACGUACGUGCGGUGCUGAAAGAGGUCUUGCGCUUGAAUCCGAUUUCAGUCGGCGUUGGACGCAUACUCAACAGAGAUCUGGUGCUGAGCGGUUAUCAUGUGCCGAAAGGGACCGUUGUGGUAACACAAAAUAUGAUCUCAUGUCGUUUGGAGAAAUACUUCCCGGAUGCGCUGGAAUUCAAACCGGAGCGUUGGCUGCAUCGCAAUCAAGCUGUACAUCCCUACCUGGUCCUGCCCUUCGGCCACGGCAUGCGCGCCUGUAUAGCCCGUCGCAUGGCUGAGCAAAUUAUACUUGUUUUCUUGUUACGCUUGUUGCGCAACUACGAAGUAACUUGGAUGGGCGGUGAAGACAAGGUAGGUGUGCGGACGCUGCUAAUCAACAAACCCAGUCGGCCGGUAAGCAUACAACUGAAGCGACGCGAUGAGACAAGUAACGGAAAUUGAUUACGGAUGCAAUAAAAUAAUUCACUGUUUGUAGACAACAAUAUAACUUGUCUGUAUCUAGGGGAGACUACAUACCUCUUUACAUUGUAAUAUUAUGGGUUAAAUGGUAUAUUUAGUAAUUAUGUAACUGUUCUGUUUUUUAUUGUUGUGAAGAUUCUACUAGUAAUUAGUUAUUUUGUAUGGAUAUUUUAAAAGGAUUAUAAAGAAUAUAAAAUGUAAAUCAA